AUGGCACCUAGUGAAGUCGUCGUCUGCAGCUUCGUGGCCGGCCUCUAUGGCCUCGACGAAGCCUCGCACGAGUGGGUGCUCUCGGUGCCCGAUGCCAUCCACGUCCACGUCUUUAUGGACGACGCCGGGCUCUUCCGCGUCGUGGGCUGGGUCGAAGCCACGGGCGACGUCGUCGUCAAGCAUGCGAUCACGCGCGACUGCAUCUGGCUCGACGUCAACGAGUAUUUCGCCCAGAUGACCAACGCGGCGGACGUGACGUACGGCCUCGCGUUCACCGAUCCGACCCUCGCGACGGAAGCAUCCAACGCCGUGCGCAAGAUCCUCUCGCGCCUCCAAAACGAGACUAUGCGCGACAACAACCUGCUGCCUGCCAUUGCCAUUGCGCUCGAGUUGUCCAGCGAGCCGGUCAGCCCGACGUCCGACCUGCUAGAUAUGAAAGACCUCCCCGUUGUGGCUCCCCUGCUCUCGGUGACGACACCACCACGCCGGAGCUUUCCGUUCGCGCCACCCAGUCCCCCUCAACCCUCCAGUACACGCAUUAAGCGCAGUGCGAGCGUGCCGCAGCCGGGUGCGCCACUCGUGUGCGUCAGCGAAUUGCGGCGCGGGAGCUUUCCACUCGCGAUGCCGCCUCUCCUGGAUUUAUCGCUGCCCCCGAGUUCGUCCGCGUCGCGUAACAGCUCGCGCCGGCAGUCGCUCGCGAGCUUCGAAGAAGUCGAGCACGCAGCGACGGCUGCGAUUGAUGCCACCACGACGCCGCCUAAGCCGGCGCUCGAACCCGUCCCGCGUGACAAACCCGUGCAGUAUCCGAGCUGCAUUUUGCCCGAAGACGCGCACAUUAGCCGGCCGUACCAGAUGCGACAGGAAGUUCACGUGACGUUCAACGCCGAGUUGGCGCGGUACGAAGGUCUCCCGACCGCGUGGCGCAGCCUCAACAAGCAGUUUGGCCUCCCGAUCGACGCCGUGCCCAAGCGCAAGGUCGACGGCUACGACGCCAAGAUCCCGGCCGUGCUCCAAAUGAUGCGCGAGUAUCUCGUCCAGAACGGCGGCCUCGAGACCGAAGGCAUCUUCCGGCUCGCGCCCGACAAGGAGGCAUGUAGCGCGGUCAAAGAGGCCAUGAACAACGGCGUCUUUGCCGGCUGCAACGACGUGCACAUUAUUGCCAACCUCAUCAAGGUCUGGUUCCGUGAGCUGCCCGAGAGCCUUCUCAACGUCAUUCCAGAAAAGCGCAUCUACCAAGUGUGCGGCGUCACCGACCCGAGUCUCGUCCUUGACGUCCUCCGCGACGUUCCGACGUCGCAACGCAGCGUGAUUUUAUGGCUCCUCGACCUCAUGGCGGCCGUCGUUCUGCGCGAGAAGCAAACCAAAAUGAGCGCGAAAAACAUGGCGAUCGUGCUCUCGCCCAACCUCUUUAGCAUCGCGUCUGACAACCCGAUGGUCGCACUCACCAUGUCCCAAAAGGUGGCCGAAUUCACCACCGUACUCCUCAAGGCGCGGCUUAUCGUGCACCAUGGCUACACGCCGCGCGCCUAG